CUAGGAUUACAGGUAUGAACUAUCAUGCCAGGGCUAUAUCUCUGUGCUUUCUAAACCCAAUAAAUGUUAUGUAAUAAUAAUGCUAACAACACAUAUGAUGGGCCAGAAACAUUUCUAUAAGCCCAGCAGCUCUGGGCAUAAAUUUCUAGGGAUGGUGAACUGAAGAAACAACAUUGUGUCAUUGAAAUCAGCUUUUCCCAACCACCAGUGUCUCCUCUCUCUCUCUCUCUCUCUUUCUCUCAGUGUUCACUUAUUAUGUGGCUACUCUGUGCCAAGCACUGUUGCUAAACACAUUAUGUACAAUUCCUCAUUUCAUUGGUACUGAUUUUGACACUCAUCCACUGUCUUUUAUCAUGAUGUGACCAUUUCCUACAAAAUGCCCUAUGUAGCUUCCAACCAAAAUACCACAAAGCACAACUUAAGCAGUCCUGCCUCUUGACCUUCUCCCAGGCUUUGCUCUCGCUCAUCUGUUCCAUCCUUUGCAUUGGCAGAAGACCCAUCUUUCUAAAUGCUUACUCUGUUGGAGCAUGUAAUUUCUUUCCUAGGAAUCACCAUUCUCAGCUGCCUGACUCCAAGAAUCAUUCUCAGUUUUAUCUCCUGAAUGUCCUAGACCUCAGCACCUUAUUCCAGCCUAACACGUCUGGCAACUCAUUGUUCCCAGAGCUAUUCAACAUGCCUUCCACCUCAGGGCUUUACUUGGCCUGUAAUGCCCUCUUCCUCUCUUUCUGCCAAAGUAGCUUAAUGAUUAGGAAUAUAAUUCUGAAGUCCAACCAAGGGCAAAGCCAACUCCUCUGCUGACUUGGUGGAUGACCUUGAACUAAAUUUCUUCCCUUCUCAGAGCCUCCAAUGGACAGUAAAACUAAUAACAACACCUCCCUACCUUAGAGGUUGUUGUAUAAUUAAAUGAGAUAAUAUACAUAAAGUGCAUGGUGCAGUAUCUGGUACACAGAAAAGAUCAAUAACCUGUUGAUGUUGUCAUUGUUGUCAUCGCUAUUAUUAUUUCAGACCUUGGUUUCUCCCCACUCUUUCAUGAAGCCCUCAUCUAACCACUCCAGGUCAAAAUCAUCUCUCUUUUCUUUGAAUUAACUUACUUUUCCUAUCACUGAUUUGAUGGCUAGGAUUUAUUGCCUUAAGCUUUACAUCAUUCCUUUCCGAUUUUAUUUCCCCAUCUCAGGUAAAAACUCCUUGAAGAAAAGAUCCUGCAAUUUGGCUUUUUGUGAGAUGGAAACGAUUACACCUUGCCCUGCAAACUUCCCCCCUUUAAAGGUGAAGGUUUGUUAGGUUAGUUAGCCUGUGAGAAAAUUGUGCAUUCUUAGCAUUCAAAGGCCAGACAUCUGGGGGUACAGAUGGGAGGAAGACUAGGAUAAGAGACUCCAGAUGGGGACAGAAUUAAAAGGAAAAAAAAAAUUAAAUAAGCCUCCGUCUCCUUUUAUCUCCUAGCAGUAGGCAGUAAUUUAAUAAAUAAAGGAGCCCCGUUACCGUUUUCCCUGUCCAUUCUUUCCCAGGCACGGUGACCUAGACAGCAGCAAAAAGCGAGUUAAUAGGGAGGGGUUAGGUAGGAAGCAAAAGUCAAGGAAUGUGGCUACAGCUGAUUACAGGAACUUAGAAAGCGGACCGAACAACAUUGACUCCCAGCACGCCACCUCGAUGUCCACCUUGGGGGAUCCGUCGCUGGAAGGGACCCAUCUCGCCCACCCUUAGGGGUCAAGGUGGGCGAAGGGGGAGGAGAGGGCUGGCGGGGCGGGGCGGGGUUGCUCCGCCCCCGGAGGCUGGGCUGUGACCAGCAGGCGGCUCCGCAGCGCGGCGGGCGCGCUCAUAAAGGGCACAGCCGAGGGUACGUGGAUCGCGGUGCGGAGACUGAGGUUAGAAGGCAGGUGGCGAGAUGAGCCGGGUACCAGCGUUCCUGAGCGCGGCCGAGGUGGAGGAACACCUCCGCAGCUCCAGCCUCCUCAUCCCGCCUCUAGAGACGGCCCUGGCCAACUUCUCCAGCGGUCCCGAAGGAGGGGUCAUGCAGCCCGUGCGCACCGUGGUGCCGGUGACCAAGCACAGGGGCUACCUGGGGGUCAUGCCCGCCUACAGUGCUGCAGAGGAUGCCCUGACCACCAAGUUGGUCACCUUCUACGAGGACCGCAGCAUCACCUCGGUCGUCCCCUCCCACCAGGCUACUGUGCUACUCUUUGAGCCCAGCAAUGGCACCCUGCUGGCGGUCAUGGAUGGAAAUGUCAUAACUGCAAAGAGAACAGCUGCAGUUUCUGCCAUUGCCACCAAGUUUCUGAAACCCCCCAGCAGUGAAGUGCUGUGCAUCCUUGGGGCUGGGGUCCAGGCCUACAGCCAUUAUGAGAUCUUCACAGAGCAGUUCUCCUUUAAGGAGGUGAGGAUAUGGAACCGCACCAAAGAAAAUGCAGAGAAGUUUGCAGACAUAGUGCAAGGAGAGGUACGGGUCUGUUCUUCGGUCCAGGAGGCUGUGGCAGGUGCAGAUGUGAUCAUCACAGUCACCCUGGCGACAGAGCCCAUUUUGUUUGGUGAAUGGGUGAAGCCAGGGGCUCACAUCAAUGCUGUUGGAGCCAGCAGACCUGACUGGAGAGAACUGGAUGAUGAGCUCAUGAAGGAAGCUGUGCUGUACGUGGAUUCCCAGGAGGCUGCCCUGAAGGAGUCUGGAGAUGUCCUGUUGUCAGGGGCCGAGAUCUUUGCUGAGCUGGGAGAAGUGAUUAAGGGAGUGAAGCCAGCCUACUGUGAGAAGACCACGGUGUUCAAGUCUUUGGGAAUGGCAGUGGAAGACACAGUUGCAGCCAAACUGAUCUAUGAUUCCUGGUCAUCUGGCAAAUAAAACAAAGGAACUUGAUGUUGAGAUGGAUGCUUGAGGAAUGUUGCUGCUGGUUCUCAUAAUUUCUAGAGUAAAUGAGGGAGUCCAGUCCCCGGUGAACUCUCCUUUUGUGCUUAUCAUGUUUUACCUUAAAUGCGGAGAUCCUCACUUAUGUUUGUAGUUGGAAAGCAAAGCUAGGUAGCCAUUUCUUCUGUUCUACCAAGUUAUAAUAGCAUUCAUUUCCCUUUAUAUUUCCCUGAAAUAAAGCACUUUCCAAUUGUGCA